AUCAAAUAUAAACUUUAAAAAUAUUCGGAUUUUCGUAGAAAUAUGGAAAUCCUGAAGAAUGAAAGAAAAGAAACUAAUUCGAAACCUCUUAAAGAAAAACAAGUAAACAAAGGAGUCGAAAAGAAAUUCGAAAAUAACGAGGCCAAAUAUUUUGUGGAGCAAAAUGAAAAGCCGAAAAUGUUUCGAAUUAAUUGUGAAAUAGACAUUCUAUCUUUAGUCCUGUUUUCUUUAGGCGUUCUAACUCGAAUGUAUAAUCUGGAAGAACCCAAAAAUAUAGUAUUUGACGAAUUACAUUAUGGAAAAUACGUUUCAUUGUAUAUGAAAAACACAUUUUUCUUCGACUCACACCCCCCUCUAGGCAAGCAGUUGAUUGCCCUUGUAGCUUACAUUGCCGGCUACGAUGGUAAAUACAAAUUCGAUAAAAUAGGGUCCCCUUACAAUUCCUCAGUCCCUCUAGUGGCAUUACGAUUCGUUCCUGCCUUUUUUGGCAGCAUUUUAAUUCCCACUGUAUACCAUUUAAUGUUAGAAGCAGGUUUGUCUCAAUGGAGUUCUCUUCUAGCCGCAUUAUUAUUUUUACUAGAUAACGCCUUUUUGACUCAAAGUAGGUUCAUUCUCAUGGAAUCCAUGCUGAUAUUUUUCUCGUUGUUCGGGCUCUUAUCCAUUUUAAAAUUUCGAAAGUAUUACAGCAACCCGUAUUCGAUAUUUUGGUUUCUCUGGUUAAUCUCAUCGUGUGUUUCGUUAACUUGCGCUGUAAGUAUCAAAUACGUAGGGAUUUACACUUGCGCUUUGGCUGUUAUUAUAGUUUUGCAAGAUUUCUGGAAGCUUCUAUCAUCAGAUAAAGUCUCCGAUUCCGCUCUCUGCUUUAGAUUCUUCGUUCAAACAUUCACUGCUCUAGUUGUAGCAAUUUCCGUUUACUUAGGAGUGUUCUAUAUACAUUUAAACACCCUGUAUAAAGCGGGGCCGCACGACAGCAUUAUGACCAGCGCUUUUCAAGCAUCACUAGAAGGGGGCCUUGCGAGCAUCACGAAAGGCCAACCGUUACUCGUGGCACACGGAUCACAAAUAACUUUACGCCAUACACAUGGAAGAACGUGCUGGCUGCAUUCCCACAAUGCCGCUUAUCCGAUUAGAUAUCCGGAUAAAAGGGGGUCCAGUCAUCAACAACAAGUCACUUGUUAUUCGUUUAAAGAUGUUAAUAAUUGGUGGAUUGUGAAAAGGCCGGAGAAAAACGAAUUAACCGUAGAACAACCUGUGGAUGCUAUAAAACAUGGGGAUGUAAUACAGCUCGUGCAUGGGAUAACUAGUCGUGCUUUAAACACCCACGACGUGGCUGCUCCGAUGUCCCCGCAAUGCCAGGAAGUUUCCUGCUAUAUCGAUUACAACAUCUCGAUGCCUGCUCAGAACCUUUGGAGAGUCGAAAUUAUCAACAGGGAUCAGAAUGGUGAUAUAUGGCACACAAUCCAAUCUCAGAUAAGGCUCAUUCAUAUCGACACGAAUACAGCCUUAAAAUUCACGGGAAGGCAAUUACCCGAUUGGGCAUUCCAUCAACACGAAGUUGCAGCCGACAGGGUGAUUGUUCAAGAUGACACCGUGUGGAAUGUUGAAGAACACAGGUACACUAAAUCCGGAGAUCAGAAGGAGAGAGAACGGGAAAUGAUAACGGCCGAAAUGAUACCGACUACUCCGACUACAUUGAGUUUCUGGCAAAAGUUUUACGAAUUGCAUUACAAGAUGGUGUUUGCGAACACCGAAAGCGUGCAAAAUCACAUGUACAGCUCGGAACCGCAUGAAUGGCCGUUCAUGUCUAGAGGUAUAGCUUAUUGGAUAUCUUCAGCGAGUAAUGCGCAAGUACAUCUUUUGGGCAAUAUGGCGAUAUGGUACACGGGCACCUUGGGAUUUUUUACAUAUAUAAUUUUAUUGAUUGUAUACCUCCUGCGGCGCCGGCGUCAGUGUUACGAUUUACCACCGUUCGUUUGGUCGCAAUUCCAAAAAACCGGGGAAAUAUUUCUAACGGGCUACUUGAUUCAUUAUUUACCGUAUUUCUUCGUAGACAGGACUCUCUUUUUACACAAUUACCUUCCAGCUUACGCGUUUAAAACUCUUCUAUUGGUAGCUACUUUAGAGCACAUUUAUACAGCUGUAAGUAGCUAUUUGUUUAACUAUAAAUAUUUAAGAACGUUUGUUCUUGUACUGAUUGUUUGUUGGUUGGGCUAUGUGGUGUUUGUAUUCAAAACGUUCCUUGUACUCAGUUAUGGAACGACCGAUUUAACUACGGAUGAUAUUAUUAAUUUAAGAUGGAAAGACACUUGGGACUUUAUCGUUCACAAGAAUUAAGAAGGAAUCUCGAUUUUAUCGACAUAUUUAUAUUAAAUAAAUUCUAUUUAUAUCUACUUGUUAAUAUUUAAAAAUGUUCGAAUAUUUUAUGAUAAUUUUUUAUUUUUAUAAUAAAUUUAAGCAAAAAUUU